AUGGAGCUGUACCUCAGCGCCUGCUCGAAGACGGCCAACGUCGCUGCCGGCAAGACGGCCACCAGCGGUCUGGCCACGUACAGCCAGCAGUGCGGAGACGGCGUGCACAAAACCCACUUUCCAGGGGUCCGAGCGGCUCAGCUACUCGAUCUGCCUCUAGGAGUCAAACUCCCUAUGAUCCCAGGAAGCGAUACUUUAUUCUUUACUACGAAAUUAAGUGAAAAGCUUUUUCGACCUUCUUAUGGCUUUAACCUGACUGAUCCUUAUUGUCGACUUUUGGAAAACGAAUAUAAAAGUCUUCAUGAUCCACAUUUAAGAGCGUACUACAAGCGCAAAGAUAUCCUGAGGAGAUUAAGGAAAGGUGGCUACAUCACCAGCAAUAAUAAAGUUGUAUGUACCUUGAGGGAAUUGAAUAAGUAUAGGCAAUAUCUUACCAGUUUGAAAUUAGACUUUGAAAGAAACUAUGUAAGAGAACAAGAAAUGCUUGCAAAACAACUACAUAAACUACAGGAAAACAAUCAAAUCCCUGAACAUGCUGAUGUUGCACAGUUCCAAAAUUGGUUGUUACAAGAGGGUAUCCACUGUAGUAAGGACCAGGAGCGGUUAAUAAGGCACAGAUAUUUGGAUAUGAUAAGUCGAGAAUUAGAACGACUUGAGCGCACAGCAGAAGAGCAACGCCUAAUCCUGAUGGAUAGAGAAGAAAGACAACAGCAGGAACACACAAGAAGAAAACUUAGUCUUCGCAGAAAAAUUGAGGAGGAAUGGAAGACAAAAGAGAUGUUACUUCUGACAAAGAUUGGAGAAGAUGUUAAAAGACAACAGAGGAUAGAAGAACAACGGCGUAAAAGCAGAGAGGAGAGUCAUAGGAAGAAACAAGCACUUCUAGAGAAAAAAAUGGCUUAUCAUUUACAAAAAAUGCAAGAUACUGGCUUUAAAGGAGAAGAUAUUGGAAAAAAUACAUUUGAAUACAGAGGACAAGAUGGAACCUACUCUUCUGCAAAGAAGAAAAAGAAGAAUUCUGGUGAUAUAAAGUUAGUUUAUCCUGUUGGUGACCAGAAGGCAUAUAAAGGAGCACAUGCAAAUGCAGCAAAUGCUGUUCAUCAAUCUCAGUGUAGCUCAAAGAAUGUUUUGAAAAAAUCAAUAACUUCAGUUUAUCAGCGAGAUGUACAGGAUAAUGGUACAGAACAAAAGAGAGAUGGAGUAAUAAGUAAAAAAUCAAGUAUUUUUGAUAAUAAAGGCGCUAUAAACAAGUCAGCUCGAGAUUCAAUUAUUUCAGUUCAAACAUCACCCACAAGAAAUGUUACCAGAUCACGGUCACUUUUGGAUCCUCCAAAAGUAGAGAAGGAGACAAAUGCUGAUUGGAAUGAAAAACCAUCCAAGAGAUCAAACUACCUCUAUGAAUCAGGACCACAGACUCAUGAUGCAGCCCAGGGUAUUUUUUCUUCUCCUGUUAACUCAAAUAUACAACAGAACCUAGGAAAUUGCUUGCAAGAAAAAAUAACUUCUGAAGAACUGAAUAGUAUAAUUCAGAAUAUAAUGACCUGGGUUGUGGCUACAGUGACCAGUAUACUAUAUCCAGCUAUCACAAAGUAUGAAGAAAGGUUGCAAAAUAAUAUAUACUCAGUGUCUGAUGAUUCCGUCCUCUCUUCAGAUAGUUCUAGUUUCUGUAGCACAUGCAAUGAAGAGUUUGCAUAUGGAAGCUACACAUCUGCAACAACUAAAACAUUUCAAGCAGAGCCCUGUGAAUUUACAGUUGACAUGUCAGUAAGGAGACCAACCACAUCUUUAAAACCCUCUUCUGCCCAUAGGGAAAGAACAGUUGUGGGGAAAACACAUCACAUGAAAGAGCAGUCUGUAACUUCUGGAUUCACAUAUAAUAAAUCCAGUGUGAUAUAUUCAUAUCCUAAGAUCAGAAGUUGUAAAUCUGAUAGUCACCUUUUAGUAUCAUUUGAAACAGGCAAAAAAACAUCUAAGGAUGCUACCACUGAAACAGAUGGCUUAGUGAGUCCAUUGCUUUGUGAUCAAAAAGCGAAAGCCAUGGAUGAGAUGAAGAAUUUAAAGAAUGUUUUUGUUAACUUUAAAUGUCACUUGAAAGAGGAAACUCAAUUGAUUUUAGAAAGCAUCUUUCAAGAAAUAAUGUCUGAUUUAACCCAUGCCAUUCCCUCUCUUUCUUCUGUUACUGCUGAAGUUUUUGUGGACCAAUGUGAGCCUGAAAAAGAAGACUUGUGCUCCAGUGUUGAUAUCUGCUCAGUAGCUUCUGAGAUCGUGGAAAAUAUGCUUGAGAAGCUAGAGUCUGCAGUUGAGAAAAAAUGUGUUGAGAUGUUUUCACAAGAAGAUUUGUCAGUUGACAUUAAACCAAGCUUAACACCGAGUAAGGAAUAUCUCAUAUCAUCAAAUGAAAAACCUUUAAAAGAUUCAUUGCCUUAUGCUUUGGAAUCCAUGUGUGAUAUUGCAGAUGAUAUGGUGCAUGCCAUUUUAGAAAAGCUAAUGACUCUUGCAUCUUGUAAGCAAAAUGAACUUCCUCAUCUUGAAGAUACAACUAAACUUUCCCAUCAGCAACAUAAGACAGAUCCAACAUAUAUACUCUUUCAAAGAGCCAACGAAAAGAAAUCUAGUCCUGAACCUGAUGCAGCUAAUUUGAUUGUCAAAGAAGAAAUCCAAAAUUUAAUAUCAAAUAUUUUUUCCCAGUCUUCUUUGGUUGGUUAUAUAGAGAAAGCAAUCAGCACUAUACUAGGUUAUGUACAAACUGAACUUAAUAAUGAGAGACUUAUUGCAUCUGAAGAAACAGUAGUACUCCUCCAGCUACUUGAUGAUAUUUUCACUCAGUUCCAUCAGGAACCAGUAAAACCAUGUGUUCAAAAAAGUAAGCAACCUAGACUGAGAAAUCCUCCUGACACAGAAGAAAAGUAUAGACUCACUGGCACUAGAUUAUCUAAUUGUCCUACAUCUGGAAGACCAUUUCCACCUGUUAAUGUUCCAGGCAUGGUCCUUUAUUCUGAAGAUGAUAAUGAAGAGAUAGAUAAAAUUGUGAAAAAUGUGCUUGAUUCAUCUUUCCGAAAUGAAAAAGCAAAAUCACAAGAACAGAUUCAUAAUCAUUGGUCUACAAAGGAAAACACUUGUUUUGAACACAAAAGAAAUACCAAGCCACCUACAAAGCCUUCUUCUGGAAGCAAAGUUGCAUUUCAUGACAGGGGAUUAAAGACUGAGCUACCAUCUCUUAAUAAUGAAAAUAUUUUGAAGAAAAAAUCCUGCUUAAAUAAAGACAUUUCAAUUUUUAGUCAAGAUCAAAAGCAUCAAAUACAAAAGACUUCAGAAAAUAUAGUUAAAAGUAUUUUAACAGAAAUGCUCAAGGACAUAUCUUCUGUUCCUCCUCGUCACUUAGACAGAAAAACUGGAAAAGUAGCUUCAGUUUUUGUUUCAGAAAAAUCUCAAGGACUGCCAAAUCAAAAAUGUAGGGAUGCGAUUUUUUCUGUGUCAGAAAUUAGUACUGUAGCUCAGGAAAUAACAGAUGCCGUGUUAAAUAUACUUUAUAAGGCAUCAAGAUACAUUCCUAAUACAACUAAAAGUUACAUUUCAUCAUCAGUUCAUCAAACUUCUCUAGAUAAUUCUGAUGCUCCUCACAUAGUCAAAGAAGCACCAAAUAAAAAGCCAUUGAAAAUAUGGUUUGACAGUGAAAAAAAAAUGAAAUUUUUAUCUUCACUUAAUGUAGAUCUUGCAAAGCCUUCCUAUUUAAAAUCUGGAGAAAGUGAACCUAAACCUGUAGAUGACAUUAUUGAUAAAAUUAUUAACACAAUUUUUAGAAAGCUAAAGUUAUUUGUUUGUCCAAAAUUGCAAAUGGACUUUGAACCUUCACUUGCCAAGCACUUUUCAUUACGAUCUCAACUUAGUACUUAUACAACUAAAGUAGUAAACAUUGUUUUGCAUGCUAUCCAGAAUGAACUGGAACUCAAUAAGAAAAACCUAAAUCAUAAAGAGAUAGAUCAUACCAAAUGCCAUACAGGUAAAGGAGUUUUAGCUGACACUGAUACAAAAUUAGAGUCUCUUGUCACAAAUCGCAAUGAUGACAUUAUGGCAAGUCCAUUAUUAACUUGUAUUUUUGAGCUGUUAUCAGGUGGAAAAGCAGAUCAAAGAAACAUUUUAUGCCCUUCAGAUAAGCCAAGGUCUGCAACUUCAUACACAUCUGAAAACAUUGAUGUAGAACAUAUCUUGCCAAGUAUUCAGGACAAAAAGUCUUUCUACAAAUAUCUGCCUACUCCAUGUACUCUCCACAGUGUUGUUAAUGAAAAGGAUCUCAAAGAGAAUGCCAAAUUGGAAGUGUUAGAUAGAAUUGGGGAAACACUAUAUGAAAUGUUAAGCAAGCUCAUAGGAGCCCAUCCUCACUCUCAGCCAUCCUGUAGUCAGCAAAAGAGAGAGAUGAACGAGGGUCAGCAAGUGGCCGAUGCUUUGCAAUCUAAUAUCCAGCUCAUUUCCAAAACAAUUUUGGAAUACAUACUUACAAAAUUAUGUAGUGUUGACAUGGAUACCAGUUUUGCAAGUUAUGGAUUUAAAGCUGUUUCAGAGUCUCUUGACAUCGACAGCUUAUCAUUUGCUUCAAUUCUUGAGGAAAUGGCCAAGUGCACCAACAUAAUUUCCAGCAUAGUUUCCAGAAUGAUUCAGGGGGGUAAAGAAGUAGCUAAAAACAAAGCAAAAACUAUUGCUUCUGUAUCUUCCAAAACUGGGAGCACAAAAGAAAUGUGCCUAAAUAAUCUGAAAUCUGUAGCUUCAGAUAUUCUUAAUAUGGUUUUUGAUAAACUGGAAGGAUUUGCCAAUGGAAAUUUAGAAACUUUGAGUGCUAUUGAUGUUGGAAAUAAAAACAGUAAUAAGAUGGACCGGGAAUGUGAAAGUACCAGUGUUUUUACAGACACACAUGAAGAACUAUUGCAGUCUGCUUUAUACAAGCAUGCAAAGAAGGUAUCAAGUGCUAUUUUGAAGGCUAUUCAAACAGAAUUAAAUGUGAAUUCAGAUUUGUGGACAAGUAUAGAAUGCCCACCACCUGAGACACAAAUGCUUAAGAAUAUAGUUAAUUUAAUUUCAGAUGCAGUAUCCUCAGAUAUGUUUAAUGAAACUGUAUCUGAAGAGAGAGGCAUUGAAACUUAUCGAUACAGGCCAGCUUAUGGAAAUUUUCUUCCUGGAGGAGCUGAAUCAGAUUCAUUUCUAGAAGAUGAUGCAAAUCCAGAUAGAGAAUUCAUUGGAGAGAAAACACCGCUCAGAGAAGAAACACAUUCUCUUCAACACUGGGUUCUAGAAAGAACCUUAAAUAAAAUUGAAGUGAAACUCAAAGAACCAAAUAAAUCUCCAAUCAUCCCCAUUAUAAGAUAUAUUUUGAAUGAAAUUUUUCAAAGUGUUUUAAUCAAUCAAUUAAAUGUGCUUUCUCUCUCCUACACUCAUUCUAGUGGCAUGCCUCACAAUGUUGAUGAGCCAGUUGCUCAAACAUCUUUUCAAUUGAAUAAAAUGUUGGGUUCUUUAGUGUCUGAAGAAGAUGUAACCAUAGUGGCAGAUGAUUUUGUUAGAACUGUAUUCCAUAAACUUUAUUCAGCUGCCAUGACAGAAAGAAAUGUAAGUGAAAAUAGGUAUAAAACCAUUAUCUUUUCAGCAGAUGUUUCUUUUCAUGGACAUACCUAUGGAGGAAAGCCCUCUGUUACUGCGUUGGAAAGAAAUCCAUGUACUCUUCAGUCCAAAUUCAGUGAUGUGAAACAACAGGCCAAUGUAAAUGUAGUUGAAGAUAUUGUACAGGCAAUAUUAACCAAUUUAGAAACUUUUGCUACUUCCAAAGUAAAAUCCCUCUUUUGUUCCCAAGUCAACUUCACAGUUCCAACGGCUUUACCUAUUCAGCAGGAUACAAGUCCUUUGAGCAAAAUGUUAUCAGCCAAAGAUACAUCUUCUGAUGAGCAGAUUUCCUGUUCCUCGGUGGAUCAUAUUAAGUCAGGAAAGACCAACUCAUUGUGCCAACUGUCCUUGUCUAAAUUAAAUAUUUAUGCAACAGAAGUGGCUAAAAAUAUUUUACAAGGAAUCAAAUAUGAGUUAGAUAAAGAAAGGGAAAGUCCCUUCUUAACUCAUAACAUUGUGGUUUCUGAAAGUAUUGCUAGUCAAAUUGUUAACACAGUUUUAGAUGUUGUAUCAUGUAAGGGGAAAUGUGACAAAAACAAUUCUGACAAACAGAUUGAUUCAGAUCAGCAAGAACGUAUUAUUGAAAAGUUGUUCAAUAAGCCUGAAUAUCGAAAAGUACUUCAGUUUCAAAUACAAGAUACCAUUGAAGGUAUCUUAUAUGAUAUUUAUGAAAAAACAUUACAUCAGAAUAAUUUCUCAUUUGCUACACCCACUCUGAAAUGUAGCAUAGCUGGUAAACAUUCAGAAGCAAAUUCUGAAAUAUUCCUCAAGGAUGCAAAUAAGAUUAUUCCUAAGCUUUCAGUCCCUAAAUCGGAUGUCAUUUUGAUAUCCAAUAAUAUAGUGGAUAUUGUUCUUGAUAAUCUCAGUUCUGCUGUCAUGCUUGCCAUAAAUGCAAAGGAUCAUACUUCUGCGAGAUUGUCCCUGACCUUUUGUGAUACAUUUCCAAAAGCAGAGUAUCAACAACCUCUUCUUAUGGGGGCAAAAAGUGAAAGAAAAGCAGAAUAUUUUCCGUAUUCAAGGAAUCAGAAAUCAGCUUAUGCUGAUGAUAAUCAUAUAACUGUAAUAGAGAAAGACACCAAGAAAUCUGCUCCUGACCCUUAUGAGGAAAAUGUUGACUUCAUUACUACAACUAUUUUCAAUCGGUUAGAAUCUUUUGCCACAGAAAGAAUAGAUACGCUAAUUACUCUUGCUUUCCAGCCUAUAGUAAAGUCAUUUGUUAGUCCAGAAUUUGAAAACUGUAAACAAGAUGACAGCGUCGUAUAUGAAUCAAGCCAAGUGGAAUCUGAUGUGAAUAUCCUGCAAAUAUCAACAAAUGAAACCAUUCUCAGCCAAGAGCUGGAUUCCACUUUUGCCAGUUACAGAGAAAAACUUGGAUCCACAAUUCAUCUAUCACAAACUAGCCUUAAAGAAUAUGCUGAUAUCAUUGCCAGUGCCAUUUUGAAACUUAUUAAAAAUGACUUAGAUUUAGAAAUCCUAAAGAUGUAUCCAUAUCCAAACAAUGUUUUAUUCCAAGAUAACAUCAUUCUGAGUGAAAUUGUUGAGCAGAUCUUAAAGAUUUUAUAUGAUAAAAGAUCUGUAAAGGAAAUUAGUUUUUACUCAAAAGACAAUCCUAACUUUUCACAAUUUAUUGUAUCAAAAACAUCAAAUGAAAUAUUGCUGGGACACAGAGAGAAGGAAGAAAACACCAAACUAUCCUUGCUUGCAGAGUAUCCAUUAGAACAAAACCAAAUGACAUUGGAAAAGGAAAGCCAGAGAAGUGUUUUAGAAGAAAUAUUUAUGAGAAAUGGAGACUCAAAACAAAAAGAGAAAACUGAAUUGCUUGGUGCAGUGAAAGAACUUUUGAAUAAGCUGUAUCAAAGAGUAACUGAAGUCACAGGCUAUUUGCCUCCAUUUAAUAAAAUUCCUCAUUUUUUAUCUAAUUCUAAGAGUAAAACAUCAGACAUAACACAAAAAAAUUUUUUUCAAUCACAUGUUAACAGUGUAGCAAAUAAUAUCAUUGAAAGUGUUUUGGGGAAAACGUACUCUGUAGUUGUGACAUCAAUUUAUGAAAAUAAUAAAAGUAGGGGAGAAGUAGAAAUAUCUAACAGCAAAGAUACCUUACCAAUGAAACCAUCAUGCUUUAGAGAAACUAAACAAGCAGGAAAAAGAAGUAAUCCCCAUAGAUAUGUGAUACCACAGAUUUAUUCUUAUGCAGACAGUCAAAGUGUCUCUGUGUUGGAAAAUACUUUUUUGCAGUAUCCAUCAUUGCAAGUGGGGAAAGAUUUAGUCCAAAUGGUUCUCAGUAAUGUCAUAAAUUUUGUCUCACUUCAUCUAGAAGAUAGUUUAUCACCUGAAGGUUGUUCUGAUAAUCCUAAGCCAGAUUUUAAAACAAGUUUAAAAGCAAGAUCAAAAAUUACUUCUUUGCCUAAAUUUAGAGCAAAACCACGUCUAAGACCUAGUGGCGCUAAAGCCAAAAUCAAGACCAAGUUAGAUCCUGUGGAGAAGUCUCCAAGACACAGCCAGUCCAAUACUGCUAUUGGACUCUCACACAUCCAAUCAACAGGAGAUGCCAAGAACUUGCUUGAAACAAAAUUGCCUACUUUGGAACUAAAAAUGUAUGCCAAGGACAUAGUAAGUCAUAUCUUAGAAACAAUUCUGAAAGAAUUUGAAAAGGUGAAGCAAAUUAGAGCAAUGGUAAAUAUAAAAGCUUUACCAGCUGAUCAAAUCAUGGUAGCAAGUGAAAUAGUCAAUACAGUUUUGCAAGAAUUAUACGCUAUAAACAUCCACAAUUUGGCUUAUCCAAUCAAGUUCUCACAUCUGGAUGAACUCAAACAUUCACAAGGGAAUAUAGGUAUUGGGUCCCUUGCCAAACAACAAGCAUGUUUUUACCUGGAGAAUGUUUCUUCACAGCUAGAACAGAUUUUUCCUAAGGAUGGUACAUUUAAAAAAAUGUUUGAUAAAUGGCAAACAGAAUUAAAUGACAUGGAAAAUGAAAAAUGUAAGCUAUUGAUGAUAGCUGAAAAUGUUUUGACUGAAAUUUCAAUAAGAGCAAACGAGCUAGAAUAUUCCCUUUCACUUUUAAAUUUGCCAACUCUUGAAGACUGUGAAAGCACGUUCUAUAAUAACGUUAAAGGAGCUUCUACUAGAACUAAUACCAAUGCACAGAUUAAUAUGUUUGGAAGAGAAAUUGUUGAAAUGCUAUUUGAAAAAUUACAGUUGUACUUUUUGUCCCAGAUGCCCACUCCAGAUAGUAAAGAAACUCUAGCAAACAGGAAAGCACAUAUUACUGCUAAAAGUAGAUAUGACUUUCCAACCAAGCAUACCCUCAGCAGUUUACCAACCUGUAACAUGAAGAUGAAAGACCAAAUUUCUAUGAGCUCUAGCAACCAAAUUGUUCGAGAAAUUGUAGAAAGAGUGUUAACCAUGUUAGAGUCAUUUGUGGACUUGCAGUUUAAACAUAUCUCUAAAUAUGAGUUUUCUGAAAUAGUGAAAAUGCCUGUAGAAAACCUUUUUCCUGUCCAAAAGAGACUAUUAAGCAAAAAGAUGUUGCCAAAAUUACAACCACUGAAAAAGCCUUCUGAUGAGUCCAAAUCAAGUACUAUUUUUUCCAAGGAAAACAUACAGAAUAGCCUUCUACAAGUUCAUUCAUUCCAUUCAGAGUUACUUACAUAUGCUGCUAAUACUGUCAGUGAUAUGCUUGGUAUAAUUAAGAACAAGCUAGAGAAAGAAAUAAGCCAAAUGGAACGAUCUUCAAAUAGUGUACUGCAAGAAAACAUUGUAGCAAGUGAGAUCAUUGGCACACUAAUGGAUCAGUGUACUCAUGUCAGUGAAUCUUUGAUCAAAAACUUUCCAAUGCAAAAUUUGUUCCAAGGAGUUGAAAAUACCUACACUGUCAAUCAGGUUGAAUUAAGAACGAAUAUGAAAAUUCCCACAUUAAAGUUAAAGGAAGCUAGUUUGGGAAAUAAUCCUCCACAAAUAAGUGUACCUGACUUGGUGUUUUGUUCAGAGGAAGAUAUGAAAAAAAAGUACAGGAUUUCAUCAAAUUUACCCUCAUAUGCCAGAUCUUCUGUACAAGACACGUUUAAAAGCUCAGAGCCAAUAGAAAGGCCUGAUUCAGAAGCUAGAAACAAAGUACAAGACCACAGCCCAAGGAAAUCUAACUUUGGCCAUUUUGAUGAACCCAUGAAAGGAAAUAGCUCCAUCCCUGAAGGCAGUGUCUUACAAAAACUGUUUAAGAAAGUGAAUGACUCUGCAGAAGCAGGGUUAAAGCAAGUCAUGUCAUUCAUAGAAAUGGGAAAAGGCGAAAAUCCAAGAGUGUUUCAUUAUGAGACCCUAAAACCAGUUGUUGAGCCAAACCAAAUUCAGACAACUGUUUCUCCACUCAAAAUAUGUUUGGCUGCAGAAAAUAUUGUCAAUACUGUGCUGUUCCACUAUGGCCUUCCAAGUCAACCACACACUAGUGAAAGCAUGGAAACAAUGAAACCAUUUUUUAUAUCAAAACAAAGCCAUUUCUCUGAAAUACCUGGAGGACAAAAGAAUGAGGAGAAAAAUUUGCUUAGAAUGUGGGAUAAAAGAAGCAUCUGUAUAGCUGAAGAAGAAAACAAAAACCCUGAAGCCAGCCGGGGAGAUUUUUCCUUAUUACAAAAAUGGCAAAACAAAAGGUACCUAAGGAUAAAAAAAAUAGAGACUCUGGAAGAAGUUGAAGUCAUUGCUUUUGCUGAUCAUGAACUGGGUCCAAAUGAGAUUCAUUUGGUAGCAAGACAUGUCACCACCUCUGUGGUUACACAUUUCAAAAAUGUCAAAACUAGAGUUUCCAGUGAGGAGAAGGUGUCUGUUGUUUCUCCAUUUUUAAGGAAAAAAUAUGAAUCAAAACAGCAUCUAAGAAGCGUUUACCGUGAUUCUUCAGUUUAUCAAUUUUCUGAACAUCUCACUGAUUUGGUUAUUUACCACUUAAAUUCAAGCAUUUCGGAUGGCUUCAAAGAGGGUAGAGAGGAAGAGAAAGCAUGGGAAAUCCAAGACACAGCAUUUAACAAGAUUAUUUCCAUUCAUUCUCAAGUGUUUGAAAGCAGGUCAAUUUCUAUUAGAGAACUUGCUUUAAGUAUUUCUGGAAUUAUUAUUAAAAUCCUUUUUAAUAGUAACAUUAUAGAAGCUGACAUUGAACAGCAAAUGAUUUCCAUAAAAACAAAAUAUGUUUACUGCACAGGAGUAGCUUCUGCUGACUUUGAUGAUGUCUCUCAGGAUCUCUUAAUAGGAGUGGUUCAUGUACUGUCCAAAGAAAUAGGCAUAAAUCAUCACUUUGAAAGCAGUGGAAGAAAUGAAUCACUUUCCAUGCUUAGAAACGAAAUCAAUACCACAGAAAAACAGACAGGCCCCAGUGAUAGGGAAUCAUCUCACCAAAUUGAUCAACUCAUUCAAAAAGUUAAAUUAGAUUAUCUGGCAUAUAAAUUAGACAGCUUGGUUGGUAGCCUAAAAACUCGUGAAUCCAAAGAAGUAGUUAACAAAGUUUUUAAUAUUGUUUUAGAUUUAUUUUUGCCAGAUGAAUGCCCAGAUAGGGCUAUGGAUUCUGAUAAAAUAGCGAGAACAUUUUUCUCUUCCCCAAAUAAUCAACAGAGUAAUAGCAUACUUAGAAAUAACCUGGGGCUCUCCCCAAAAUCAGUUUUUCUACUCAAUGUUGUAUGUGAGAAACUUAUUAGAACACUUUUGGAAAAAUGCACAAGCACUGUCUUUCUUGAUAAUGUUCCUUUUUCUGAUGAAAUAUCAGCAGAAGAAUGUCACCUUUUAAAAAUCCUUCAAAGUGCAGAAGAUGGAGGAGAAUUUGAUUAUUGCAAGGGAGCAAUGGACUUGGAACAACUUCAAGGAGAUUACCUGUCAGACCUUUUGGAAAAUCUGUCAGAAAUAGAUCAAGAUUUAUUGUCAUCAGACUCUAUGCUUACUAUUAUUUCCCACAGUUUGGUUAAAUCAUUGAUGGACAAACUAUCUCACAGUAUACAACAAGCUCCUGAAGGUUCACCUUUUGCAAACAAGCAUUUGAACUACAGAACAAGAGAAAUACAGUCUAGUUUCACAAAAUUAAAAAUACCAGAAUUCAUGAUUUAUGACAGUAAUUCUUCACCACUUGGCAAGCAAUUAACAUUUUCUUCUAUGUCAUCUCUUAAAAGACAGGAAACAAAGGAAACGAGUACAAUAGCCAUUCUUAACAAGCUACAUCAAGGAGGUAUGAACGCAGGUGUUUAUUCGGCCACAUUUUUGGAGGAAAUAAUUUCAGAAUUAUUUUUUAAUCUCUCUACUUCAUUGUGGGUCAAAAAUAAAAAAAUCACUGAGGCCCGACUCAAUGAGAUGAACACAUUAUUUGUCAACAAUGUAGUGAAUGAGUUUAAAAACAUGAAAGUCACUGUUGUACGGAAUGCUGAAGAAAGGAUGUGUUUUCCACCAAUCCAUAAAGAAACUGUUAGCAAGAUUGUUGAUUCAGUUUAUUAUGAUGUUUUACAACAAUAUGAACUGGAAGUGACCCGUGCUGAUAAUCUGGCAUAUGACAAUACCUCAAUAACACAACAAAUAACUAAUAGCAUAUUAUUAGAGAUUUUAGACUACCAACUCCCAUCUUGCUUUGCAAAAAGGCUCAUACCUCAUUCGUAUUACCCUCUCAAAGCUGAAAUUAUACUGCAGAAGCUUCAAAAUAACCUCCGAGAAUUUAUUUCCCAUCCUAUGUCUUUAACAGGCUAUAGCACCAUGUUAUCACACUCAUUUUUAGAAGAUGUCAUCAGAAGGCUUUUAUCUCAGCUCAUUCCUCCAUCCAGUAAGGACUCCUGUUUGGGAAAAAAAUAUUUAAUGAGUUCAGAUUUUAAUGAAAUGUCCACCUAUCUAAUAAAUAAGGUUAUGUUCGCUAUUUCAAAACAUAAAAUCUGGUUCACUAUGUAUGAUAAUCAAUACCUAUGCACAGGAAAAAAUCUCCAGAAGAUGGUGGAUUCUGUUUAUAGUAAUAUUUUGCAAAUGUCUGACUCUAUUGUUUCAAUCCAGAAAAGUAUAGUUAGCCAAAGCCCAGUUAUGGUUGACCGAAUAGCCAGUUUUAUUAUCCAAGAGAUUAUUGAAAAUCAUCUUCAGCCAUUUUUGCGUGAACAGCUUUUACCUCAUCCAAGGUCUCCACUCGAUGAAGUAUCCAAUAUGGUUAAACAGGUUCUCAGUGAAGUCAUAGAAUCCCACAGACCCCAGAGGCCAUCACCCUUAGGUAUUUACCAUAAUACAUUUGUAGGCAAGAUUGUUGCCAGACUUUUAUCAAAGAUUUUUAGCCCAAAGCAUAACAGUGAAGUUGAGGUAGAAAACAUGACCCAAAAAAUAGUGAACUCAAUAAAUAACUAUUUUGACAAAGCUAAAAUUCAUAUUCCAUAUGAUGACAAAGAACAAUCAUUCCCCUCUGUAGAUCCAGAUAUUGUGGAUAAACUUGUCACCUCCGUUUAUAGAAAUGUUUUAAAACAGCAUGGGCUAGACCCUGACAUUGAUAAAGAGUCUGAAGAUAGUGAUAUUUUUGUGAAAAAUAUUACCGAUUUAGUUGUAGCAGCUAUUUCAGAUUAUCUUCUUCAUCCACUGCUUUCUGGGGAUUUGUCUGCUUCUUCCUACUCAGUUUCAAUGACUGAGAAUAUUAUUCAGGACAUCCUUAGUAACAUCAGUAAAUCUACCAAGCCUAGUCAGAGUUUACUUCCAUAUAACACCUUGCUGCCAUAUACAUUUUUAGAAGAUAUGAUCAGAGUACUAUUAUCUAGAUUCUUUUCUCCUGCAUCUAGCAUGGUUUCAAACAGAGAAAUCCCAAAAGAUAAAUUAAGAGUGAAUUUCAAUGAAAUUGCUUCCAACCUAAUUAGUGAUAUUAGGAUGAAAAUUUCCCAACAUGAAAUUAGAUUUUCAAAAGAUGGAGAAGAAACCAGGUUUGUUUACUCAGAAGAUGAUGUUCAGCAUCUUGUUGACUCCGUAUUCAAAAAUAUUUUACAAGACUCUGGGUCUCAAGAAUUAGUAGAGCAAAAUAUUACAAGUAGUAAUGAUGUUCUUAUUGAUAGAAUAGCAGCUUUUAUCAUUAAACACAUCUGUCAACAACAUCUCCAGCCAUUUAUGGAUAGAAAGUUAUUAUCAUCUUCUUCAUACACGUAUUUUGAUGAUGAGAGAAGACAGUUGUUUUAUGCCAGUGUUUAUUCCUCAACUUUUUUGGAAGAUGUGGUCUCUGGGGUUUUAAGCAAAAUAUUUCACAGGGUGGUAGGCAUUGUACAAAUUAAAUCAGUAAGAUAUUCAGAAGAUGAACUAUUUGAUAAAGCUGAAAAACUCAUACAUUUGAUAACAGAGGAAUUUUCAAAAGCCCAAGUUACCAUUAUAGAUAAUGCUGAGGAGCAACUGUUUUUGCCUCCAGUAGGGAGAGAUGUAGUCAAAGAAAUUAUUGACACAGUGUACAGCAAGGUUUUGCAAGAAUAUGAAAUGCAAGUAAUGCCCAACAAAGAUCUUCUAAGUGACACGAAGACAUUGGCUGAAAGGGUAACUAAAAUCAUCCUGGCUGAAAUUUUUGAUUUCCAAGUUCAUCCAGAUCUUAUAGAAAAUCUGCCUUUUAAGUCACAUUCCAAACUCAAUGCAAAUGUUUUGAUAAAGAGAGUCCAGUAUGAUAUUAGUAAAUCAAGAUUCCAAAGACAGGCUUCAACAAUAUAUACGACUACAUUAUCACAUACUCAUUUGGAAAAAAUAGUCAGUCGGCUUAUAUCUCAGAUGAGUCCAUCGGCCUCCGGUGCAGAACAUCCAGAUACUUCUCAAUCAGACUUAAGUAAUACAUUAAUAAAACUGAUAAAUGAAAUCAUGUCAAUAAUUUCAAAACAUGCAAUAUGUAUUAUUAAACAUGGGAAUGAAAAACAAAGUAUGAUUUCAGAAAAAGAUAUUCAGUCUAUGGUUGAUUCUAUUUAUGAUGAUCUUUCUUAUUCAAAUCUAUACCAGUCUCUUACAAAAGAUAAAAAAGGCAUAAGUAACAUACCUGUUUCAAAAAUAGCAAGUUUUAUAAUAAAAGAAAUCUUUAACCAUCAUCUUCAGUCAUUUAUUUCUGGAGAUAAAACUGUCCUUUCACCGGCAGUUGAUCAAACUUAUAAACAGAGAGCAAUAGAUCCUAAACAAAGAGAAUUGUCUUCCAUUGUGAACUCAGCUGGCUUUUUGGAGGAGGUAAUUUCUGAGCUUUUAUGCAAAAUCCUUUAUGCAUUCUCACACAAUGUCUUGGCUGCUCAAAACCCAGAUAGGACAAAAGCUGAAAUUACUGGCAUUGUUACAACAUUAGUAAAAUCUAUUGUUUGGGAGUUUACCGCAUCAGAAAUUUUAGUUGCAGAUAACUUUGAGGAAAAUUUGUGUUUUUCAGCAGGAUAUAAAGAAAUGGUUCAAAAAACUGUCAACCCAGUUUAUGAAAAAAUAUUAGAUGAAUAUAAAUCUUUGAUUCAAGUAUAUAGGGCUAUACAAAGUGACCCUGUCUGUUUUGGAAGGAAAAUUUAUCAUUUGCUAUUGGAAGAAAUUUAUGAUUAUCAGGUGCAGUCCUUAGUUUCAGGAGAAUUAGUGUCUUCUUCUUACUCUUCCCCUCAAGCUGAUAAUAUCAUCAGCAAUGUACUCAGCAUCAUCAUGAAGGAUAGCCAUGCCUUGCCAUCAUGUAUUACUGUGUUGCCUCGUUCUCUUUUAGAAGAUAUUAUUUACAAGCUUCUAGUACAUAUCUUCGCUUCAACUGACACGGAAAAUGAACUAAAAGAGGAAAAGCUUCCACCAGAUUAUGAAUUUGUGGAUGCAGCUUCACAACUGACUGAAGAAAUAAUAAAAGAAAUUUCUGAACAUGAAAUCCGACUUUCCACAGCAGAGGAGAAUGCAGAAAGUAUGCAGUUAGAAGAUAUUGAGAAUUUGGUUGAUGCCAUAUGUAAUAACAUUUUGAAAAAAUCUGAAUUCCAAGCUGCAGUACAGAAAGAUGCAGACAAAAAAGGAGGCUCAUUUCUCAGUAAAAUAGCUGGCUUUAUUAUGAAGGAAAUCAUGGAUCAUCAUUUACAGCCAUUUUUACAUGGUGAAGAAUCAUCCUCCAGUGACUUAGCUGGUUAUGACCAUGUCUCUGUACUAGCUAAAUCUGGUAAAGAAGAGACACAGCCUUCUCUAUAUUCAGCUACAUUUUUGGAAGAUUUUAUUGUUGAACUUGCUCACAAAUUUUUUUCUCUUCCAACUAUUUUUGAAGAUUCUAAGAAAAAAGAAAUGUUGGAGCCAGGCACUGAGGGCUUGGCUAUAAAAUUUGCAAACUCUCUGAUAGCGGAAUUUAGGAAAAGUGAUAUUAAAGUUUUACCAAAUGCUGAAAAAGUGUUUUCUUUUCCACCAAUUGACAAAGAAACAGUUGAUAAAAUAUCCAGUUUUGUGUAUGAUCAGUUCAUAGGAAAAUAUGGAUCUAAUGAUAUUCAGACAGAUGAUAGAAGUAACAUUGUCAUAGAAAUGGUUGCUGCUUUAGCCCAGAAGGCAAUAUCUGCAUUCAAGAUUCAACCACUUUUUUCAGGAAACUGGUCAUCCACUUUCUUUUCAUUUCUAGAUCCAGAUAACAUCACUCAAAGGGUUCAACACCUACCGCAAAAAGCCUCUGCACAGAUAACAAGAGGCUUAAAAGGGAACCAACUUACUUUACCAGAACAGUCAUAUGAACACACUUCUCUAACCUCAGACAAGAAAAACACAAGGGACACUUUGGAAAUAGAUGGAGGUGCAAUAAAUAGUUUGAAAACCAAGGACACUUCAAUGAAAAAAGGUGGUAUCCAAAAUCCAAUACUUAGCUCUAUAACUGCCAUUAUGAAAAGCAACAGGAUUAACCUGGUGUCAGAGUCAACUGCAGGUGUGGCAAAUAAAAAGAAAAAGGAUGAAAAUAAAAUGGGAAUUUCAAUUCAAAAACAUAGUGAGAAUGUAUCAAAAGUUACUUCUCCAACUACAAGUGUGAGAAGAAAAGAUACUCAGGAGCCAGAUUUGAGUGAAACACUUAUAAAUAAUAAAAUUGAGAGGAAAAAAAAAUCAGCUCUGAAAGAGGAGAAGGGGAAAGGUGAUGAGAGAGACACACAUUUUUCAGUUGCUACUGAUGAGAUGGAAUAUGAAAAGGAAGUAUUUGAACCAGAUUUUGAAAUAAACGAGGAAAAGAUUGGCAAUACAGGAAAAAGUUCAUUUAAAAAAAAUGACAGUUCCUUUGAAUUAUCAUUUUUGAAGUCCAAACACAGUAAUAUGGGGAUCACAAAUACAGGUGAGGAACUAUACUUAGAUCAUGAACAUGUUCAAAACGUUACUGAAAAUAUUUAUGAUGAUGUUUUAGAAAUAUCUUCUUCUAAAGAACCAGCAGAUUUUUCAAAACUCAAAUUCAGCAAAAGCUCCCCAGGUGAUGAUGUAGCAUUGAAUGUAAUUCAAGAAGUUGGCAAGGGUUCUGAACAAUUUGUUACAACAAAAAAUGCAUCCCCCUUAAUUAACAAAAAUGAUCCUGCCAAAGAGGAAGAAAAGAAAGAGAAAGAGACAGGAAGAGAAAAAGAGAAAGUAAGCGAGAAAGAGAUUAAAAGUGAACCUACUAAACUAGACCAUCCUCAGUACCUACCCAAAAGUAAACAAAAAAUUUUUCCUGCUAACUUUUUAGAAGAUGUUAUCAUUGAAAUGAUUAACAAAUUGAUCUUUUCUUCCUCACCACAAACACAAAGAAGUGAUAGAUGUCAACGUGUAAAUGAUGAUCAAAAUCAGGCUGAACUCUAUGCCACUGCUAUGAAACUUAUCGAUUCUCUGUUAAAGGAGUUUUCAGUUGCUCAAAUUAAGGUAUUUAAGCCAAAUGAGGAAAAUCAAUUUUUUUCACCUGCAGGUAAAGUGUCUUCAGUUCUUAAAGUAUCUCCCAAGUGUAAAGAACCAACUACAGAUAAAUCAUCAUCCAACAUUAAGAUAAAAACUGAGGAUAAAAUGCCACAUAUGCAUAAAAUGACUAAAAAUCACUCUUUAGAUAAGAUACCAUUCUUAGAUAAAAUGCCAUCAAUCGAUAAAACAUUGGUUAAUAAAGUUGUUCACUCCUCUAUUUGCAAUAUUUUGAAGGAAUAUAGAUCUCAAGACUGUAUUUGUAAAAAUAUUAAUAGUAAUGGGGAAAAUUUAGCAAGAAGACUAACUAGUGCAGUGAUACAGGAAAUUCUUCAACAUCAGCUCAACUUGGUAUGUUGUGAUGAGGUUCCUGUCUCAGCAUGUUUGACUCUGGAAUCAAAGGAUAUUGUUAAAAAGGUCCAAAAGGUGGCCCAAAUAGCCAGCAAAGAAUGUCAAACAUCAUCUCCAUAUACCAUAAUAUUGCCUUAUAAAUUUUUAGAAGAUGUGAUUUCUGCUCUUUUAUCUAAAAUUUUCUCAACAAUAUCCAAAACCAAAGCAAAAACAUCUGAGGGCAAUUUGUUCACAGGACUAGAUAUCCUUCAAAUGAGGUUAGUAAGUGAAGUUGCAACACAGAUCUCCAAAGAUGAAGAUAUGAUUAUACAGUAUGUAGAAUCCUUACAUCCCAAUGAUGAUGAAAUUAUUCAAGUAGUGGUUCAGUCUGUUUAUAAUAAUCUCCUGCCACAGUUUGGAUCCCAAGAGAUUAUACAAAAUUGUGUAACCAGUGGAUGCAGAAUCCUUUCAGAAGCCAUAGUUGACCUAGUUCUACGAGAAGUGGCUGGUAAUCAGUUGCAGAACUAUUUUUCUGGAGAGCUAACUCCUUAUCAGUGUGCUGAAGUUGACCGUGUUGUUGAAAAUAUCCUUAAAGAUGUUAUCCAAACUACUGAUGCUCCCAUACCUCAACCAACACAUGCUCAUAAACUGUCUUAUAACAUAAUAGAAGAAAUUGCUAUAAAAUUUUUAUCUAAGCUUUUGUCUAUGUUUCCAAAAGUGCAUGAGGAAACAAACAAAUCUCUAGAAACUGAAAUGCAAAAAAUAACCUCAAAAAUAUUAAACUCAAUGCAAGAAUGUAUCUCCAAAAGUAAGAUUAAACUUGUAUCAACAGCCAAGGAAUCACCUGCUAUACCUUUAGCUGACUAUGCAAAUAUUGAAAAAGUAGUUAAUUCUGUUUAUACAAGUGUUUUAAAGCUUUCUGGCUCUCAUACUUCUGUAUUUAAAGAUUUAAUGGGUAAGAGCAAUGUCCUCUCUGAUAUAAUAGGUUUUUUAAUGAUGAAGGAAAUUUCCAGUUCUGAAUUUCAACCUCAAGUAGAGGAAGAAGCAUCAAGUUCAGAAUUAGUUCUGGAAGCUGUCAAAAUUAUGGAAAAAGUGGUUAAAAUUAUUGAUGAAUUUAAGUACCAGGAAAAGUCUUCAUCCAAAAAAGGUUCUAUGUUAGAUGUCAAGUUUUUAGAGGAAGCAUUGGCCUUGUUCUUGGCUAAACUAGUAAAGUUGCCAAGUGCCUCAAGCAAAGAUGCAAAAAACUUAACAAAGCCUGAGUUAAAUAAAAUUGCAUCUCAACUGACAAAAUCUGUAACGGCUGAAAUUUCCAGAAGUAACAUUAAUCUUGUUCAUGUUGCUGAUCCUGAAAAACACUUUUUAAACCCAGAAAACAUAGAAAUGAUUUCUCAGGUUGUUAAUUCUGUUUAUAGUAAUGUACUGCAACAAUCUGGAACUCAUAAAAAACUUUAUCAUGAUGUAAAAGAUACAAACAUAGUCUUCCCCCCAGAAGUGGCUAAUUUAAUUAUUGAUGGAGUUUCAAGUUUUCCAAUAGGUACAAUUAGAUCAAAGAAUGCAAAUGCUGGAGACCUAGACAUUGAUAGAAUUGUUCAAAAGGCACAAAAGUAUGCUGUUUGUGUAAUUCCUGAUUUAAACGAAGAAGAGUCAGAUCAAGAUUCAUUAGAUGAGGAAUUUCCAGUUAACAUAGUUCCACAUGUUGGGGAAAAACCAAUCAAAAUAGAUCCAGAUAUUAUUUCAGAACACUUAGCAGUCAUUUCUGUAAAAACUCUACCUCUUGAGAAACUUAGGAUGGAGUGUUUAAGAAGAACUGGACAUAGCAUAGCAGAACUAAGAAGAGCAUCAAUAAGUGGGAAAAGUUACCCCUCUUCAGAUUUGCUUUAUGUAGGAAAGAGAAAACAGGAAAAACGUAGCUCAUUGACUAGGACGGGACGACUGGAUGUAAAACCCUUAGAGGCCGUUGGCAGAAAUUCAUUUCCGAAUAUAAGAAAGCCUGAUAUCACCAAGGUAGAGCUUUUAAAAGAUGUUCAUGGCAAAAAAGAUCUUAUCAUUCGAUUAGUAGUUCAUGAUAUUGAUCAAGAAGAGUCAGAAAGAAACAUACAAGAGGUACCAAUUUUUGAAGAAGAUGAAAUUGUUUUAGGAGAGAUUGUUGCACAAGGAAAAUGCAUAGGAGAACCAUUUGAAGAUCAAGUGGAAGAAGUUGUGAAGCCAGUAGAAGGCAAAGUCAUUUCUCCCAAGCCAACAGUAAGCAAGAGCAGCCUGAAAAAAUUUUUGUCACUAAGCAGAUGUUGUCAGCCUACAACCAGCACAUAUAUUGAAAGUACUGAAGCAACCUCACACCAGAUAAUAGAAUCUGAAGAGACACAAGUUAAAAGAGCUGUUGCUGAGCUUCACAUGAGCACACCCACCACCAUGACUGAAACAGAUUAUUCUUGGCAGAAGAAGCCAUGGUAUAAGAAAGAAGAAAGGAGUCUUGUUACUGAACCAACACAUUACCUCAUACACAGAAUUAUGAGUUCCUCUUCAUAUAACCAAGAUCUCAUUUCAUCUGCCAGUGAGGCUGAUGAUUGUAAUCCUGAUACAAGGGCUAAAAUAUUAGAAGAAAAUUCUCAGGGACAAAAGGCAGAAAAUGCAAACAGUGUUAAGUUUAUCACCAUUUUUGAAGGAUCCAAGGAUGUUCUUGGCAGUGUAUAUCCCUCAAAGGAAGUCAUUUCAGAAACUCCCAAGCCUAGUACUUCCAGACAAGGAUCCAAAAUGCUAGCGAAGGUAUCUUCAGCUCUGUCAAAGGUGUUUUCCCGAUCUAACACCAGUAUUCCUAAAUCUUCCUCACCAUCUCACCAGGAUGAGUGCUGA